AAAUAAUGAAAUCAUCGCUGUAUGAUUUUUAAACUAAACCAUGGGCUGAGUCUACCUGCUCCAUCGAAUGCAUUAUAAAGCCAUUUUAUAAACCAUUUCAGCAAAUCCCAGUGGGGCAAUUCUUGAAACAGAGAACAACUGAAUAAUCAUAAAUCAUGAUCGGCAAAAGACCCACGCCGGUGAUCGGAAACCUCACCGGCUCAUCGGUUUCCGGCAGCCGGACGGGGACUAUGGAUGGUGCCAGCAGCCCAAGAAGUCCUCUAGAUUUCAAGAUUCAAUCACCAAGAGGUCUAAAAGGCUAUGAUUUUAGCGGGGUGGGAUUAGCUAUUGUAGCUGCUCUUGAUGGUAAAAUUCAGUCCAACAGAGCUGUUUACAACAGAAGUUCAAAUAAGUCCAUAUCAAUUCCAGUUAAUUCAGCCAAAAAUUCUGCUAGAUUUAGAGCAGAAUAUGAUGAAACAGAGUUGGACAAUUUUGAAGAAGAUUACACAGUAGUUACUUGCCGUGGACCAGAUAACAAGUCAUAUACUAAAGUAUAUUGCAAUGGAACUGAACAAGAAAACAGGAGGUUACAGGGUACAAAACUUAAUCGUUCAAGUGUUUUCGACAUAUCUCCAGUUAAAUUUGGAGAUUUUCCGAGAUACCCAGAUUCAGAUUUUCUCAGUUCAUGUCAUUUGUGCAAUAAAAAACUCCAUGGCAAAGACAUAUACAUGUACAGGGGAGAGAAAGCAUUCUGUAGCACAGAGUGUCGGUACAGUCAGAUAGUAAUGGAUGAGCACAAGGAGAAGUGUAGCUCAGAAAUUUCAAGAUCUGCUGAUAUUGCAAGCUCACCUUAUGCUAAUGACCAAAUAUUUUCUACUGGAAUUCUGGCCAUCUAGACUAAAUAAAUCAGUAGUCAUACAGGAUAUUAGUACAUGAACUACAUAUACAACUCGGAAAUACAUAUGAGAAACAGCUCCUCUUACAGGAAGUACCUCUCUUUAUUUUAUUUUUUUUAUUUUUAUAAUUUUGUUUAUUGUCCAAUUUUACUUGGAUGUAGAAGACAAGGAUCGAUGCUUCCAAGAAUUUCUUUUUGCAAGUGACUUCAAAAAAUUUUCGAGCUGUAUACCUAUGUAUGAAGAAGAUUGGUGUUCAAGCAUAAAAUGAAACAUAAUCAUUUCCUA